AUGGGUGCAGCGAUAUCUUUGCCGUUGAUUCCUAUAACAUCACUAGCUUCAUGCUGUGGAGCGGCUACCUGUUCAGCAUUGUGUACUUCGAUAGGGGGCACAUUCCAAUCUUCAAUAUUGACAAGAAUUACAUAUGCGUUCAUUUUGUUACUCAAUUCGUUAUUUUCAUGGAUUGCCUUAUCACCAUUUAUAGUCCAUAAGCUAGAGAAGGCAUCAUUUGGUUUUAUAAACAAUAAAUGUGGUCCGGAUGGAAGUGAAUGUAUAAGUUUUACGUCUGUUUACCGUAUAAAUUUUGCUUUGGGAAUUUUUCAUCUAAUAUUAGCGGGCUUACUUGUGAAUGUUAAAUCCACUUCUAACCCCAGAGCCGUUAUACAGAAUGGAUGCUGGAAAAUGAAAAUAUUUGCAUGGUUAAGCUUGAUAACUGUAAACUUUUUAUUGAUUCCUGACAACUUUUUCAUAUUUUAUGGUAAUAAUAUUGCUAUAAUCUUCUCGACUAUUUUCCUUGGUAUCGGUUUGAUCUUAUUAGUUGAUUUUGCUCAUGCCUGGGCAGAAACCUGUUUAGAGAAGAUAGAAAUGGAAGACUUGACAGGGGAAGGUGAAUACAAUGCGGGCUUUUGGAAGAAGUUGUUAAUAGGCGGCACGUUAACGAUGUACAUAUCAAGUAUCGUUUUGACAAUCAUAAUGUAUUGGUUUUUUGCAGGCAGUGGUUGUAAUAUGAACAGGACUGCCAUUACAUUGAAUGUAGUCUUUGGUAUCAUAAUUUCCAUAAUGUCAGUUAAUCAAACCAUUCAAGAAUCUAAUCCACACGCUGGCUUAGCACAAUCAUCGAUGGUUGUCAUAUAUUGUACAUACUUGGUUAUGAGUGCAGUUUCAUCAGAGCCAGAUGACAAAUACUGCAACCCUCUAAUUAGAUCAAAGGGCACUAGAACGGCAAGCGUUGUAUUGGGUGCAUUUUUUACAUUUAUUGCCGUCGCAUACACUACAACCAGAGCAGCUGCCAACUCAGCGUUUAUCGACUUAGAUACUGCUAUCGAUUCGUCUGAUGGAUACAUAAGCUCGCAACCUAAUGUUCGUAAUGAAAUGAGAUACCAAGCCAUAAAACAAGCCGUUGACGAAGGCCUGUUACCUGAAAGUGCCUUGAACCAAAUGAACUUAUAUGAUGAUGAACUGAAUGGUGACAAUGCUAACGAUGAAGAAAGAAAUACCGUGAAAUAUAACUAUACAUUGUUCCAUAUAAUUUUCUUCUUGGCUACACAGUAUGUUGCUACAUUAUUAACUAUAAACGUUCAACAGGAUGAUUUGGGUGAUUUUGUUCCAGUUGGCAGGACUUACUUUUCUAGCUGGGUUAAAAUUGUGAGUUCUUGGGUUUGUUUUGUAUUGUAUGGCUGGAGUCUUAUUGCACCAGUAUUGUGGCCGGAUAGAUUUAGCGUUCACUUGUGA